UACAGUGUCUGUGUAAUGUAGAUAAAUGUGAGGAUUUUCUCUAAAUCCCUCUUCUGUUUGCUAAAUCUCACUGUCACUGCUAAAAUCAGAGCAGAUAGAGCCUGCGCAAUGGAAUAAAGUCCUCAAUAUUGAAAUGUGACAUUGCUCUCAACAUCUCACAUCUCUCUGGAUUUCUUUUUUCUCAUUAUUACUGCUAACAAAUUCAUUUCCAGACUUUGCACUUUUAAGAAGCAAUGGAAAAAUUCAACAAUCUUUCAACACAAUUAUUUAGGUGCUGCUUUUGUGAUUUCUUGAAGGUGAAGAUGCACACUGUGUCCUACAUUCAUUUCUUCUAUUUUGGCCUGUGUUUGCUUACCUUAACCAAUUCUGCUGCUGCUGGCCCAGAGACAUUGUGUGGGGCAGAGCUGGUUGAUGCUCUUCAGUUCGUAUGUGGAGACAGAGGCUUUUAUUUCAGUAAGCCAACAGGGUAUGGAUCCAGCAGUAGACGAUUACACCACAAGGGGAUAGUGGAUGAAUGCUGCUUCCAGAGCUGUGACCUGAGGAGGCUGGAGAUGUACUGUGCCCCUAUCAAGCCACCUAAAUCUGCGCGCUCUGUACGUGCUCAGCGCCACACUGAUAUGCCAAAAGCACAAAAGGAAGUGCAUUUGAAGAAUACAAGUAGAGGGAACACAGGAAGCAGGAACUACAGAAUGUAAGAAAUCACCAUCCACACGAGUGAAGAAUGAAUGUGCCAUCUGCAGGAUACUCUCCUGUAAAUAAAUUAUUUGUUAAACAUUGGAAGACUUAAACACUAUUGUUCAACAAGCUUGAUGAAAUCUCAACCGAUGGGCAUUCUCCCAAUGAACAAUGCAAGUAAACAUUCCAAUACUGAGUCUUUAGGAGAGCAGAAUGUUAUAAACCAACCUAGUGCUAUGAAGCUUCUGAGGUUGAUAGAUUACUGUUUGAUUGUUAACCUGUUAUAAAUGAUCCUGCACAAAAACUCUUAAAGUCCUGUGCCCCUCAAAAGCCUGCAAAUUUAUGGGCCUUUGAUGGAUCCAAUUGCACUAAAUUAACCUAUGAACCCUGGCUGCUGGAGUCAUUCAUCAGCCUUGUCUAAGUGUUUUUUUUUAUUUGCACUUCUAUACAAGCAACAGGCUGUUUGCUUUACAGUGUCUGAUAGCAUUGUUUGUCUACCCCUUUCAUAUUUGCACAGUUUGACAUUCCCAGUAGCAGCAGCAGCAAAGUAACAAAAGCAAUUUUUGGACAUCUAUUGAUUCCAUCUGUGGCAUUUUGACAGCAUAUGGGUUAGAUGCAUCAAUUUUAAUUAUAGCUUUAUUUUUUGUCUUGCCAAAAUGCAAGUGGUUGCAACUUGUGAGAUACAUGAUUUUAGAAGCAGUUAAGCAUAUGUAUGCUCUCAAGCCCUCAAUGAUUAUUCCAGGUAACAAACUGUUUUGCAACAGUAUAGGCAAUUUCUUUCCUCCUCCAUAUAAUGCAGUAUGUAAAAUUUAGCAUAUCAAUAAUACACAUAUAUCAAACAGUAUGUAAAAUUCUGUUUUAUAGUACAAUGGUGCUAUUUUGUAGUUUGUUAUAUGAAAGGGUCUGGCCAAAACUGUAACAGGUAAAAGCAAACACAGAAAAACCAAGCCAAAGAUAAAAUGAAAAGGAAAUAGGUUUAAAAACCACGCGUGCAUUUUUAAAAACAAACUUAAUAAAUGGAAAUUCUUUUCUUGCCUUCUCAAGGAAGUAAAGCUAGAAAUAAAAUUACAGUAUUUUCCUGAGAUUUGGAUUCUAAGAUUUAUGGAAAAAUGGUAGAGUAUUCUAAACACAGUCUCAUCAGGCUAUUGAAGUCAAUGGAGUAACAUCCAUAGACUUGAAAGGGCAAGAUUACACCCAAAAACUCUAGGAAAUAUUGGGCAUUCUGCUCUAAUGUAUCAGAGGAUUAAUAAUACUCAUUUGUUUCAAUGCUUCCCACACUCCUGUGUAACUAAAUCAAGUGUUAAUUAGGCUACUGGAUCCCUCUGUAAAUCAGAAAAGCUCAUCUAAUCAAGGAAAACAACAGGAGGACCUGCAGAGAGGAGAGGACAGUGUAGUUCUUUGGACCACUUCUUUACAGAUCAUUGAAUGCACCUAGACACCCUGGCAAUAGGGCGAUUAAAUUAUAGACUUCAUCUUUAAUCUCACUGUUUAAACAGCUUGCUAUGCUGCAUUUUUGUAAAUUCAUUCAGGGGAAAAAGAGCCUUGGAACAAGAUGUGUUGUGGAGCCAACAUUUUCCCAGAAAGAGGACACAAAUGGAAUUAAUGUGAAAGUAGCAUACUUCAAGGACAGAUCUACUGUCUCCCCUACAUUUGACCAGUUACAUUAAAGGAAUGGAGCCAUGGCUUUAGCAUCCCCAUAAGGGAGACCACUAUGGCCUUUUUUUCUAGGAAAAAAGCUGGGCUAAACAGUUUUUUGAAGAAAAGAGCAAUGUAUUCCUCCUGAGUAGCCCAGUAAAAUGUGUUCUGUGUACCAGUAGCCAUGUCUUGGUUAUACAUUCAAUAGGUAUGCAUUGCACUAAAAAAAUAAAAGAGAGUAAAGCUAAAAUGGGCUGCCUGCAGUCACUGUGCAAGGUAGAUAUUUUAAUGAGGGCAACAAGCUAAAUGAGUCAGAUGUGGAAGGCUAAAAUAAGUUAUCAUCUUUUCCGUUAGUGAGGUAUAUGAGUAUAUAUCGCUAAACAAACUAACUAGUAUAGCCUGGAUAACUUUUUCGUUCAAGAAAUGACAGUCUGACAUUCUGAAAUUUGCUAUAAGACUUCAGUUACAUCAUAGACUAUCACUAAAGUAUGAAAGAAAAGACAGAAUUAAGUCUCACUAUUAAAUAUUAAAUGGUUUAAAAACUGCAGUCCCAAUGAAGUCAAUAUGGCUCUUGCUAUUUCUAUUUACUUCAGUGAUAGCAAGAUUGGAGUUGAAACUCAACAGAAACUAGCAUUAAUCAUUAACAGUUUUGAAAGGGAAGCAGAAAAAUUCUUUGCUCAGCAGUAAAAAUGUACAUCUAGACUGACAAUCACAUUUGUGCAAAGGGCCUGCACAAAGCUUAUUAUUAUGUUUUACAUUAUGCUCAGUCAAAGAACAGGACUCCAUUAUAUGGCCCUGUAAAUUCAAAUAAUAAAGACUGUCUCUAACCAUGAAAGUUCAAGGUCCAGGGGCCAGAUUCUAUUCCGCCUAUCAGACUCAUACAUUGUAGCUAAAUGCCUAAGUACCUAAAUGCAAUUCUAUUGCACUCUGCUUGAUUCCCUGAAAAACGGCUGAUGCAAUGUGUGGGCAGGUCUUCCUCCUCACUACUUUUUUGUGACUUAGGCUGUGUGUAGA